UUCAAAACCAAAUCCCUCGACAAAAUCCCCAAUCCCCGGCCAUGGCGAUGAGUCCGCCUCCGCCGCGCCGCGCCCCCAGCUCCCGUCCGACGCCGCCGCUGCCAGACGACGUCAUGCGCGAGAUUCUCCUGCGCCUGCCGGCGGACGACCCCGCGUGCCUCGUCCGCGCCGCCGCCGGCUGCAUUAGCUGGCGGGGCAUGGUCUCGGACCCCAGCUUCGCCCCCGCCUACCGCUUGCGCCGCGGUGCGCCGCCCAUGCUGGGCUUCCUCUACGACGACCGCCCAGCUGGGGAGCACUGGAUCUCCCACUUCCUCCCCACCGCGACCUCCCCCCCGCUGGCCGCCCGCGACCGCCAGCACCGGCACGCUCUCGACUCCCGGCACGGCCUCGCCCUCUUCUACACCCCUAGAAGCCACGCGCACUUCCUUGUCUGCGACCUCGUCACCGGCGAGCACUGGGAAAUUCGCGCCGACCCCAAGUGCUACAAGAUCAUUUGGUCGAAUUUGCUGCAGGAAAUGCACUCCCUGCGCGAGAAUGAGCAAAUAUCCUGUAAUGCUUCCGUGCUCUGUGCCAAGGAUGGGUGUGACCACCGUGAUUGCCAUGGCGGCCCAUUCCUCGUGGCCUUGGUGGGCUCCGACGUGGAAGGGGACACGUAUAUGAACCACGCCGCCGUCUACUCAUCAGCUACUCGCGAGUGGAGCGACGUGACCUCCGUUGAGCAAGAGAAUGUCAUCGAUGGCACGGGGCACAGUGCUGUUGUGGGGAAUACGGUCUAUGCCCCCUGCGUGGAGGAUGACAGUGUCGUGGUGUACAACACGCGUGAGAAAAAACUAUCUGUGAUCGCGGCGCCGCUUGAGGUCGAGGACCAGGAGCAGCAGCCGUACCUUGACCUCAUGGGGCUGGAGGACGGCAUGCUGCUGUUUGCGUCUGUGGUGAAGCCUAGACUCUACCUAUGGACAAUGGAGGCUGGUCCAAGAGGAGCUGCGGGAUGGGCGCGACGCAGGGUCAUCGAGCUCGGGCCAUUGCUCCCUCUUCCUGUCCUCGAGGACAAGUCGGACGUGUCUGCGGUUGGUUUUGCAGAAGGUGUUUGUGUCAUCUUCCUCAAGACAAGGGUUGGGUUGUACACAAUGGAGCUCAGUUCAGGCAAAGGCAAAAAGGUGCACCGAGGGUACAUCAAUAAGGUCAUGCCCUACAUGAGCUUCUACACUGGAGCAUGGGGGCGUCUGCCAGCAUCUAAUGUAGCUUCACGCGCAGUUGUUGAUGCUACAACGAUAUAACCGAAUGGCGUCAGGACUUGGGUUUACUUUUUCUGCCCAGGAAGAAUUUGAAGUGAACUUCAGCCUCAUUCACUGCUGGUUGUGUUGAACAGUUUGGUUAGGAUGGAUGCGCUUUCGUCCUAUUUGUACUUGUGCCAUAAACUCAAGUUCGUUUGUUCGUCCGAGUUGGGUGCGGCUCAAACUGUCCAUCAGGAGAAAUUGUAGUGAUCGGUUGACGGUUUUGUGGCAUGGAUUGGUGGAGAUUUCUCCUUCUCUAUCUUUGGCUGUUAGAGAUGAUGUUGUUGUCUUGAAAAUGCACUCUCCUGAGAUUGAUGGUGUGGAAUCUCUCUAUUCUAUGCAGUAAGAAAUUUCGGGGGAAGUAAAUCCCCACCCGGGUUCA